AUGGUUUCCGCUUCCAAGGCUGCCCGUGACGCCAAGCGUGCCGCUACCGGCAAGGAGCCCAAGAAGUCGCUCGCUGAGAGGAAGGCCGCCAAGAAGGCCGCCGACGAGGGCCAGGACCCUGCCGUCACCGACGCUGAGACGACCGUCGACGAGACGGCCGAGAAGGUCAAGAACCUCGCCCUGCAAAAGGACGAGCACGGUCUGUCCGACCGUGUCACCACCGGUGUUCUCGCCUCGCUCCCUGCCAGCCGCGAUGUGAAGAUCACCUCCGCCUCGCUGGUCUUCCACGGAAAGGUCCUCUUCAACGACACCACUCUGGAAGUCAGUUAUGCCCGCCGCUACGGCCUGCUGGGUGAGAACGGCUGCGGAAAGUCGACUCUGCUCAAGGCCAUCGACGCGCGCGAGUUCCCCUUCCCCGAGCACAUCGACAUCUACCUGCUCAACGAAGGUGCCCCCAAAACCGACACCGGCGCCCUUGACUGGGUCGUCGGUGAGGCGCAGAGGGAGCUGGACCGCCUGGAGAAGCUGUCCGAGGACAUCCUGGAGAAGCAGGGUCCCGAGGCCCCCAUUCUUGAGGAGAUUUACGAGCGUAUGGAAACCAUGGACCCCAGCACUUUCCAGACUCGCGCUUCCCUCAUCCUGACUGGUCUUGGUUUCAACAAGAAGACGAUCCAGAAGAAGACCAAGGACAUGUCUGGUGGUUGGAGAAUGAGAGUUGCGCUUGGCAAGGCCCUCUUCGUCAAGCCCUCUCUCCUUCUUCUGGACGACCCCACUGCCCAUCUGGACUUGGAGGCCUGCGUGUGGCUUGAGGAGUACCUGAAGAAGUGGGACCGCACCCUCAUUCUUGUUUCCCACUCCAUGGAUUUCUUGAACGGUGUCUGCACCAACAUGAUCGACAUGCGCCUGAAGUCUCUCAUGUACUACGGUGGUAACUACGACUCCUACAUCAAGACCAGGGUCGAGAACGAGACGAACCAGAUGAAGGCCUACGAGAAGCAGCAGGAGGAAAUCAAGCACAUCAAGAAGUUCAUCGCUUCUGCCGGUACCUACGCCAACUUGGUCAGGCAAGCUAAGUCCAGGCAGAAGAUUCUCGACAAGAUGGAGGCCGAAGGUUUCAUCCAGCCCGUUGUCCAGGACCGCGUCUUCACCUUCCGCUUCGCCGAUGUUGAGAAGCUGCCGCCCCCCGUCCUCUCGCUGGACAACGUCACCUUCUCCUACUCCGGCAACCCCGAGGACAACCUGUACGAGAACCUCGACUUCGGUGUCGACAUGGACUCCCGUACUGCCCUGGUCGGCCCCAACGGUGUCGGCAAGUCUACUCUGCUCCGCAUCUUCACCAACCACCUUUCUCCUACCACCGGUUCCGUCUCUCGUCACACUCACUUGAAGCUUGGCAUGUACUCUCAGCACUCCGCUGAGCAGCUCGACAUGACCAAGUCUGUCCUCGACUUCGUCCGUGACAAGUUCUCCUCCGUCUCUCAGGACUACCAGUACUGGCGCCAGCAGCUCGGCCGUUACGGUCUGACUGGUGAGGCCCAGACUGCUCUGAUCGGUACUCUGUCCGAGGGUCAGAAGUCUCGUAUCGUUUUCGCCAUGCUUGCCCUCGACAGCCCCAACAUGUUGCUGCUUGACGAGCCUACCAACGGUCUGGAUAUCCCUACCAUUGACUCGCUCGCCGACGCCAUCAACGCUUUCAGCGGUGGUGUUGUCGUCGUUUCCCACGACUUCAGGCUGCUCGACAAGAUCGCCAAGGACAUCAUGGUCUGCGAGAACAAGACCGUCCACAGGUGGGACGGCAGCAUCGGCGAGUACAAGAACCACCUGAGGAAGAAGAUGCUUGCUGCCGGUGCCGUCUAA